GGGGAGGAUGUGGAGAAUUACUGUAGAGCAGUGGAACUCCUGAGUUUGGCACACAAGAAUACCAGUUGGAGACCUAUGUGUUCCUGGCACUGGAAGAAGUCUACAUAGCAGGUGGUGUGACCUCUGAAACAUGGAGCAAUGACAUCUGAAAAAGGGGUUUGAAUUUUUGGGAAAUACGUUGGAGGUAUAGUUUGAAUUUGAGGUAACUUUCUUGCUCUUUAAGUGGCAAAAUUACGUACCAGUUCGUACCAGUUCUUACUUAAAGGCAGGUCCUGCAGCUUCUCGCCUUUUAUCAGAAUGAAAUGGGGAGACAUUUUCACUUCUGAGUGUUUGACUACAUUGCUGGACAACAACAACAGUUUUUUGGCAUUGAUCUUGCUUUCAGAAAUCAUGGAUUUUUGUAUCUCCAUAUAUUAGCAGUAUGUAUGUCUGUAUAUCAGCGUUGGGAACCUUUCUCAUGGCUAAUAACUGAAGGCAGGGAUAGGUAUGCCAGGGUGAAGCAAUGACUGCUGGAGUGUGUGUGGGUUUUUUUGCAUGGUGUUUUAGCAUAGUUCAGUAGAUGCUGGGCAGUACAGGGAGAGGUGGGGGAGAACUAGCUGUAUCACAGCAGCCAAAGGCUGCCCGAUACUGUCCUGAAAACACCACGCUUUUGACUCGGGUAUCUAUGUUUGGAAAGACUCAGCAAGUAACAUUUUUUUCCAGCUUGGGGAAGGCGGGGGGAGCAUGAAGUUGGGCAUGUAAAUGAUCUGAUCAGUUAAUGAAUUUAGUACUUUACUGUACUGAGCAGGCUAUUCUGUUGCUUAGGAGUAAGUGCUUAAUAUAGUAAAAGGCACCUAAUUAUGGAGACAGCCUAUUAGGUGGAGAGCUAAGUAGGUAACAGCCUGUGUACCAGGAGCUCUGAAUAACUUGCAUCUUCCUACCUGAGAGUAGAUGGAGGACAAGUGAGGGUCUCUGUACCUUUACUUCCUUUUCCCAUUUACUGUGGUUUUAGUUGCUUCCCAUUUGAUACCUCUCUUCUGUUGUGAGGAACUAAAAGGUUACAACAAGUUUGGCGUUGCAUUUGCAUUGGCAAAAGUGAAGGUUUUUAAGUCAUGUCAUAACUUCUGUUUAGUGGGGUAGGACAGAUAGCUGUAUGCUGUUAUUUUUGGUGCAGACAAUGCAAAGAGAACAAGGAAAACACAUGUCCCUUGUUGCAAUUAGUAGUUAAUUUCCUGCUACUUACUGACAAGGCUUGAAUGUUUGCACAAAAAAGCAGGCUGUAUCUUUGAAGAAGUUGGCUUACCCUAAGGCCUUUUUCUCUCCUUUUCAAACUUCUGUCUCUGGAGUAUAACUUCAUUCCUUAUUUAUUCCUCGACUAUUUAUUGUUCAUCUUGGAUGAUUCAGCAGAAGUGAAUUCAUCAACUUCCCUUAGAAUUAGAUGAGGGAAGUUGUAGGUAUAUAAUAACCCUGAAUCUUGGCUGCUUACAUGGAGAGUAAUCACAAAAGACCUUGUAGCAGAAGGAGUGCCAGAACUUUAGAAUUCAAGUUUUCAUUGUUAAAACGAGUAUUACUCGGGUUGGAAAUACCACCCCCUAGUCCCCCCCAAAAUAAUUCUAGUCUCAAGUCAGACAUGUUACUGAACUUCCUGCUACAACAGUCACAGAUGGUGGCCUGUGCAAAUGGAUAUUAGCUGGUGUGGGUUGGAUGAAACAGUCGGGAGUAUUUGGAGACUUACCAGAUGUUGACUACCUUUAGUUGGAGGCUGGUGAGUCUGCUGGGGCUGUGUAACAUCUGCAAGAAGAGGUGAUGCUCAGACAGCAGGCUUCAGUAGGCAGCAUUUCCUGUUUCAUGGUGAAAAUGUAACUCAGGUUUCAUGUCUUCAUAGUAAUAAAAAUGUCAGUAGCAUUUCUAGUUUUGAAGCACUGGGAGGGUGUAAGCGGGGGAGGAGAGAUCUAAUAAACUGAACGUAAAGAUUGCAAAUGUUCCCAGGCAUUGCCAGCUGGCUAUAGAUUUUUCUUGGCUCUUGUUGCAAGCCCUUUGAACUAUAUGAAAUGCAAAGGCCCAUGAUGGCCCCAUAAGCAAAUUCUUUGAGUGAAAGGAUAAUGCUGUCAAAGCCUUUUAUGGUUCUUACAUCAACUAAGCUGCAAGUAAAAGUGGAUUUUUGUGGCAUAAAAAUACCAGGCUGUGUGCUUUGCAAAAAGUCCUAGUCUACCUUUAUUCAUGGACUCCCUUGUGUGUUAGUGUCAGUGAUACAGUCAGACAACUCCCUCUGUCCCUUGACAAGUAUAUCAAGUGAAUGCCUGCAAUCUGGAAAGUCAGUUGAUGCCAUCUGGUCAAGUGCUAAUGAGGCUGCUGGAAUACUGGUGUCAAAUGUUACCUUAACCUAAACAGACGCCAUAGGAGAUGGUGCUGGACUCUUCCUGUACCUAUCAUGUGCUGGUGCUGUUGAACUCUGAACGCAUGAUUCCUCAGGAGUUUAUCAGCUGAUCUGUGCAAAAAAGCAAUGGGGCAUUCUGUACCAAAACCCUGUGCAGCAGUAGUACAUGGGUAGUGUCAAUGCAAAGAGACAAUCACAUACUGAAGAGUAUAAAAAGACUGAUUCUUUCCUGUAGUAGCCCAAAAUGAGAAGCAAGGGCUCUUUACAUCUGUUAGGUGCAAGUCUCAAGAGCACCUGAUACUAGAGCUUUCAUUGUUUAUUCCAAAUGUCUUCAAAUAUUUUUGUCUGUGAGGAAGGCUGCUCCCUGUUGAUUUCCCUUUGGAAAGGUGUGUAGAUGUGUUGCAAUUCUAGUGUGGCAGAACUUGCUUGAAGUUUUGGGUGGUAAGUGUUUGACCUAUCUUGUAUUAAUAUGAUAAUUUGAUGCAUAACAUCAUGUCUGAUUAGCCCCUCUUGAAUGUAAGUGGGAGCAUCUGGCAAGGUUUAAUGUAGUGAUCCUCACACCAAGCAGUGUUAAAAGGAAAUCCUAUCACUCCUGCACUGUGGACUGAAAUAAUGUAUUUCCUAUGCCUUUGUUUGUCCUAAAUUUUCUAAGUGGGAGGCCUGAGUUUGGUUCUCUGUUACAUCUAAAAAGCCAGAGCAAUGCCAAAAAGCUAGACCUUUUCCUGUUUGUGGGAUGUGCUUUCUAGGUCUCUAGAGGUGUACCAGAAUGACAGAAAAAAAUAUACUGAUUACAGAAAGUUGUGAAAUCUCAUAAAAAGAAGUCCUGUGGUUAGGCUGAGGGAGUGUGAGUGUUCCUGUCCUCCAUACAGGCCUGACUGCAGCAUUGAUCAGUGUGAAUGGUUGACCCCUUUAUAUAAUGAAGUGGCUUUGCUGUGUCUCUUACUGCCUGCCUUGAGAGUGCUCGUGUGAAAAACCUGUGUUCUGCUGAGAGCAAGAGACAGAAGUGACAUGAACAUCUUUGUACUAGUGCUCUGUUCCCUACAGAGAGCUACAUGUAAAGGAUCUUAUGUCUUGUGAUCAAGAGGAGAAAGUUUGUUGGAUUUGUUACAGUCUGCAAGUUCAGGUAUCCCCUCCUCUACCCUCCAGUUACUGUUACUCUUUUUCAGGAAAAUCAUUCUUAAGCUUCACAACAAGCAGUUGCUGCUAGGUGUUGCUAAAUGAUUAAUAGCUAAUGUUUUUCACUAUUGGAUAUUGUGCUGACAUGUCUGGCUCAGUUUUGAUCUGCCCCUGGAGCAGCAAAGAGAAUUAAAGCCAGGCACUGAAGAGAGUAUUCCACUUUCAGAGAUAGGGAGUAACAGAAAAAGCACUAUUGCUGCAGUGAAUGCUGCUCAGAAAUUUUAUGCAAAAAAUGUUAGUGCCAUACCACUAACGAAGUUGAAGGCCAGGUUUUACACAGCUGCAAACAAAGUUAAACCCAUGUUGCUGUUUCUGCACUGACCUUUCCCACCAUGCAUCUCCUGUAUUGCACAGAAGAGGUGGUAAGGAUAGCUUCUGGUGUUUCCUUGCCCAUAGAGGUACAGUGGUGCUGUCUGCCCUCUGGGGCUGUGCUAAGGGGAUGAGGUUCAGAUGGGUAUCUUCCCAGGGGCACCUCUACACGCUGGUUUCUACAGCGUAGAAAAAUUUGCCUGAAUGCUCCUAAAACAUAUAAACAUUUUUUCCUGUUUUCUAACAGAAGACUUGUUCUUGCCCUCUUACAACCAAUUUGCUUUUGUCUAUGUGGUUUUGGUUAGUUUCAAUCUAAGACUUCUACUUAUAGUUGUGUCAACAUGGUGUUUAACCUGAGCUUAGAGGCUGGGUGAAUGUUGGGUUGUGGGUCAAGCUGAAGUAGCUGGUCUAGCUGGUGUGUCUUGCUUUAUACCCUAGCCUCUGAAGGCUGUCCCUCUCUGUCUGGCAAGGGUGGCUGAAAGACUUGGGAAUCAGCUCUUGAAGUGCUACAGUUUCUCAGGCAGGCAUAUUAACAUAAUGAAAAGCUUUAACUUAAUACCCAACAGCUAUUGCGACCUGGUGAUGGCUUAAGCGGCUCCUGUGUAGUCUGUGCAUCAGUACUCCAGUUUGCACAUAGUAGCCAGAUUUAGAUGAUGCACCAAUGUGGCUACACAGCUUCUAGUUGGCCUUCUUGGUGGGUGAAGGAUGCUUAUGCCUUUCUGUAAGGGGACUGUGCCCUUUUCUCUCUCUUAGUGAAAGAAAACCGCAUACUUGUUUAUUUUCCCCUCUCCUAGAGAAACACUUUCACUGCAUUUAUAGCGUUUGCCCUUUCUUUUUGAACUUGUCACUUACGUUUAUUUUUCACUUCUUUUUCCCCAGUGUUUAAUCCUACCUUUUCUACUAACUUUCCCUGGAAUGGCUCUGUUUCUUCCUUGAAUUCUGUUUCUGGCCUCAAAGUUAUUUGCUUGUGUUUACAGGGAGAGUAGAUAUGUAUGUAAAUGGAUGUUGCCUUUGCCAUCGUAAUAUGAUCUUCAAAGGCUUGGACUGCAGUCACUUUGCUGCAUUCUUUACAUCAAACAUUUCUCUUAGCAAGUUGCUGCCAACAUUGUGCUGCAGGGGCCCAAUCCUGCUAAUUGCCUUCUGCUCCCAGUGAACUAAUGGGGCUUGUAUGCAUAAAACUGAACUUUCAGAUUAGAGUUGUGUGGUCCUUACACAGUCAUGUUCAUCUUCUACCAUUUUGUCCUUUCUUUACGGAUGUAAUCUGGAAGUGAUGACCAGUUCUUAACUUUUCAUGACCAUUUGGUGUGUGUUAAAAUACGGGAGUUUAUAGCAAUGGAGGAGGGUAGCUAGGUUCCAGCCCAACAUGGAAACAGGGUGAUUUAGGAGAGGUCUGCCUUUAUGAAGGUAGCCCACGGUGAGCGCUGAGUCUGAGGCACCACUACCUCUGCAGUGCUGUGAUACCCGCAGUACCCAUUUUUGCCGCCUUCGCCAGCAAAGCUGUUCCACGUGUGUGGUGCUGUGGGCUGGCGAAGCAGGAGCUGUGGUGGCAGAGGAGAGGUUUGCUGGGAGAGAGGAUACAACAAGUUGUGAGCAAAGCAGGAAAAGAGUGCACCGGUACUGUGUGUCAUCAGCUUGUUUUGCAAGCCCCCCCACAGGAUGACAUCCUCAGUGGAGUGGACCUACACCUCCCACGAGAGCAGAUCAGAAGGGUGGUAAAGAAGUGAACACACACAGCUGAUCCUAUUGCAGCUUUCUCUAGUCCCUCAGUCUAAAACCUUCUGACGCUUUUCUUGUCUUGGGACUGUGGAAGAUGGAAAGGAACCUCCUGCUACUGCCCUAGCUACAGUCCUGGUCUUCCAGUAAGAGGUCACAUACUGGGAGUUACCCAGGCUCGUGUCCUGCUGGGUGCUCGCUUACAGCAUGGCCCCUCAAACCCUAGCUGGAGAAACUGGGAGGGGGGAACAGUGGCAUCGACAGGGCUGGAGGUAGAUGGUUUGCAAGCCUUUUGUGUUGAAGCAGCUUAUCAGAGCUGCAGCCUUACAAAUAUAGCAGCUAUUCACUAGAGGGUAUUAACCGGUAUAGUCAUAAGCAGUACUCUGUAUUUGCCCUGGAAGUUGAGUGCAGCCAGUAAUACCUGUUGAAGUAUAAACUGCCGUAACAGAGGGAGGUGUUCUCAAAAUCCUACUUCCCACAAUCGGCUGGCCCCAGUUUUUUCCUUCCCAAACAUAUGUGGAGUACUGCGGUUUACCCAGGGCUCAAACUAGUCUAGCUGUUUAAGAUGAAAACCGGAAUUGUACAACUAUUUGGAAGCUAUAGUGAAGGAUUUCUGUCUUGUUUUUUUCCCUUCCCGUUGACACAGAAAGUGAUAUCAAAAGCUGUUUAAAAAAAAAGAAGAAAAAAACAAACCCCAAACCCCCAAAUUCUGUGACUAAGCUUGCCAUGUGGAUAAUUUAUUAUUUACGUUAUUGUGGAGUGUUGAGAUUCAGCUCUGAAAUAGUAGCAUGUUUUAUUCAAGUCAAGAAUGCUGGAGCCAAUUGCAAGAAUGGAGAGAAUAUCUGUAGGGGAGAGUGUGUUAACGAACCACAUAAGAUGGUCACAUUCGGUGCUGCCUUUCAUGUGUUUUCAUAUCUGCUGAAGCGAAGCAAGAAAAGUGCUGUGUUGGGGCAGUGUGCACGCAUGGCUUAGAGCUGAAUAGAUGUAAAUGGUUAAAAAGGGGUUCUCUGCUAGAGAGGAGGAGGGGAGAGUAAGAGUGCAUUCCCAAAAAAGUACAUUCCCAAAAUAAAAAGCUUACAUCAUGGACCUCUUCAGCUUUCCCACACUUCUUUCCUAAUUAUUGUCCUGCAGGACAGCUGAUCUAUUUCAAACAGGAAGCUGUUUACAGAUAACACUUGCAACUGUUUUGUCUGAUUUGUUGAACUGUCGAAAAGCAAAAGACAACCUCUUUUCAAAUUAAAAACUGUCAGACUUCUGUAAACAGCAGCAAUGAGGUUCAUCUGUGCAGUGUCCCUGCAGGCACAGAGCGUUGUGCAGUUCCCAUUUUCUCAGCAGCCGUAAGGAGUCAGUGACCUGUAAGUGCUCAUUAUGAAGAGAGAUCUGGUUUUCUUGGUGACUCUAAUUAGCCUUGCCUUCCUGUCACUGCUAAGGUCUGGAUAUCCUCAACAUAUUGCAGAGGAGUCCUGCUCUGUUCAAAUUCUUGUUCCAGGCCUCAAAGGAGAGGCUGGAGAAAAGGGGGAGAAAGGUGCUCCAGGUCGUCCAGGCAGAGUUGGGCCUCCAGGAGAGAAAGGAGAAAUGGGGGACAAAGGACAGAAAGGCAGCAUGGGACGGCAUGGAAAAAUUGGUCCUAUUGGUUCAAAAGGUGAAAAAGGAGAUAAUGGUGACAUAGGACCACCAGGUCCUAAUGGUGACCCAGGCAUCCCCUGUGAGUGCAGCCAGCUAAGGAAGGCUAUUGGUGAAAUGGAUAUCCAAGUGGCCCAGCUGACAACAGAACUAAAAUUCAUAAAAAAUGCACUGCCCUCCCCCGCAGCUGUUGCUGGUGUGCGUGAGACAGAUAAUAAGAUAUAUCUGCUGGUGAAGGAAGAGAAGAGAUACAAGGAAGCCCAGCUCUACUGCCACGGAAGAGGAGGGACUCUGAGCAUGCCCAAGGAUGAGACUGCCAACAAUCUCAUCGCUUCGUACAUCAACCAAGCCGGGCUCACCAGAGUUUUCAUUGGGAUUAACGACCUAGAGAAAGAGGGAAAUUUUGUCUAUUCUGACCGAUCGCCCAUGCAGACCUUCAACAAAUGGCGCAGUGGGGAGCCCAACAAUGCUUAUGAUGAGGAGGACUGUGUGGAGAUGGUGGCUUCUGGAGGGUGGAAUGAUGUUGCUUGUCAUAUUACCAUGUAUUUUGUGUGUGAAUUUGACAAAGAAAAUGUCUAAGCUUGUCUGCUCUUUCUUUUUUUUAAGAAAAGUUUUUAAGCCAAUUGUACAAGUUACCCCAUGUUUAUAGAGUACAAGUGAUAUUUUGCAAGUAUGUGGCAUCAGUGUUGUACAGCUGUAAAUACAAUUUAGGUAUUUCAAAUAUCAGUAUUUACCCUUCAGAAGGGAAGAGCAGUGAUAAGACAUAGCUUGUUUUUUUCUGUAGGAAAAUAUAUGUAUUUAGAUAAAAAGGUGGUUUGGGGCUAAAUUCUGCCCUCACAACAGUUAACAAAUGCAAUUGCAUGACUGUAAGGGAAGGCAGAAUUUGGCCUCUAGUUGUUAGAAUGAUUAUUUCUGAAGAAGUAGAUUCCCGAUAUUCUUUUAUCUUAGCAAAAUUUGUAGUUAUAAAUGUUAAUUGCUUGUAGUGCUAUAGGGAUGUUUCAGCAACAAGGCAAACAUUUUGUAUACUCCAGGUAGUAAUUACAAAUAUUACUGUAAGUUUUUUGGAUGUGAAGAUGUUACAACUUUUUUUUUUUUUAAAAACAGCCAAAGCAAACCAACAAAUCGGGAAUCCUACCAAUUUUGUAAUGUUUCUUUAUUAAACUGUUCACAGAUGUAUGACAAGGAGGCACUUAAGUAAACUGUAUUUUAGUGCUGAGGGAGGAUAAAGUUCUUAUAAUUUAGUACUGAAAGAGGGAUCCCAGCCCGAUGGGUGUUUUCGUUUUGGGGUUGGCUAAAGGUAAAAGUAGGAUUUUGGUUUUCUGCAUUCUUUAGCUGAGAAUGCAUGAACUGUUUCAGGCCCCAAAUAAUUUCUUAAAGUAAAUGUGUUUCACAUUUAUAUAAGAUGAUCUUGGUGCAUCCUGUUACAAAACAAACAAAAUACCAGCCCUCCACAAUCUAAGGCAGACUUCAUAAAUAUACAACAAAUUUUGUAAAAAAUGGUUUCACUAGUAGUUCCUUUUGGUAGGGAAAUGGCUUACAUGUUUACUCAGAUUGUAAAGAUGACCCCCUGAAAAGCAGCAAAAGUUUCCAAAAAUUUUCCAAUUAUGUAUAUAGAAGUAAUAAGUAAUUUUUCACAAAUAAUUUUUGUACCAAAUUUACAAUUGCAUGUGAUGGAAAAUGUGGUGUAUAUUUAAAAAAACCAACAACAUAAUUUCACAAAGGAAAUGAUUAAUUACUUUGGUUCUUCGUAGGAGCCAGUUGCAUGACAUCUUAUCUUGCUGUUAGGCAUAGAAAGAUGACUACAAAAUCUCUGACUGUUUUUUCAGGAAUACCUUGCAGAGUGUUUUAAGAUGAUUUUUAAGGAGAAAUGAUCCUUUGUAUAACAGUAAUCAAAAUACAUACCUGAUCAUUAUGGGAGAUUGGUCUACAGGAUAUCCACAGUGGAUAUGGCAUGUGGUCCCAGCGAUUUCCCUACAGCAAGGCAAGACCAACUCAUAUCAACUCUACAGUGCUGUGGUAUAUAAACUAUCAAUGACCGUACAAUUCUGUUCAUAUCCACAGAGUCUGACAAUAUUUGAUGCGAUGCUAUCAUUAUAUACCUAAGAAAAGAAACCAUUUUGCUUGCUAUAUUUACUCUGUGAAUUUGAAUCCAUUAUAUAUAUAUAUAUGUUUGCUAUUAAUUUUGAAGAUCAGUAGCAAAUUCCUAUAGUAUUUGAAUAUCAGCCCAGCUCCAGAGCAAUCACUCUAAGAAAUGAACGGUUCUUUGAUUGCUUUACUUUCUAAUAAAGGUAGGUAUGAUUCCUAUAUGUUAGGUGUUCUUCCAAGUGUGUAUUGAAAUCUAUUAAAUAAUGUGAAUAUGGUUCUAUGCUAAUAUUCAAAGACUCUUUACAGAAUUUGCAGGGAGCUAACAAUUCCAGUGGAGCAAUUUGUUUGGUUAGAAUAGCGCCUUUUGAAUAUCAUGAUUGUUUCCUGCCUGCUAUAGAAAUCCUCAGAAACCAUUUAAAUCCCCAACAUACUUUUGUAGAAUCAUUGUAGCUAUAUUAAACCAGUCCAAACCUGAGUUACAGAUAUCUAGAGCUCCCUCAUUAUGUAUGUGCUGAAGUUGCUAACUGUUUAUUUUUCACCCAGGUUUUGAAAAUCUCUGUUGUAAUGUUCGAUUUCCUCAGAAACAUGAAAAGAGGCCUUUUGAGGAGGUGGGAAGCUUUUUCAGAUGCCAAGUGCUCCUAUUUUAGCUGGAAGUCACACCACAUUUAUAAAGAUUGCCUUGAUGUGUAGAGCAUUUAAGCAGUCUCAAUUUCUAUUAAAAUUUAAGAUGAAAAAUAAAGGCAAUGGAAAAAACA